CCGGAAGCCCCAGGAGGGGCUUCUGGCCUGAGACCACAUGGCUGCCCCACAUUGGAACUGCAGGCAUUGCUGUAGAGAAAAAUGGAUCCAGAAGAGGCCAUGGGGCUGGCAGAUCCAGGACAGGAGGCUGAGGAGUCAGAGUAUUUUAACCCCCUCCUGAGACCUGUUCUCUUGGGAGAAGUGGAGGGUGUACAGCAGAUUUUUGAGGACCCAGAGGACCCCAACUAUGAAAAAGCCAUGCAACUGCUGUUGGAAAAGGACGUUAUUGGCAGAGACCUGCUGUAUGCAGCAUGCAUGGUUGGACAAAGCGAAGUCAUCAGAGCACUGGCCAAAUAUGGGGUAGACAUGAAAGAUAAAACACCCAGAGAAGCUAAACAGACCCUGCAGAUGUUCAUCAGCCACAUUCAGGCAACAGUCACAGACCCAGAGAAGGUGCAGGGAAGGCUGAACAAGGAAGACAAGAAUGCCUCUCUCAGUGCCUGUCGUGCAAAAUCUGACUGGCUCAACAGCACCAAGGAGGCCACCAGGCAGGACUUUCUGGCUCAGAAGCAGGAGCUGGAAGAUAAAAUGCUUCCCAUCUUCACUAAAAUGGCCACACCCCGUCUUCCAACUGCAAAGAAUGUUAAAUCUUCAGUAAGCAGCAGCAGAAUCUGAUGUCACAUUUUUCCAGAGCCCGUUAAUCUCAGAAUAGAUCUUUACAACAAGGAAGAAACUGACAGAUGGGAAAGAACGGUGAAACUGACUACAGAAAACCAUUGCUAAAUGAACAGAAGAAAAAUAACAACAAUUUCAAUAAAAAACCUCCAUUUUGAGUCCUAAGUGUUACUUGGAACUUCAGGAGGUAUGACAAUUUCUUUAGAGAAGUGAAAUUUUUAUGCUUCUUUUGAAAUAAAAACAAAUCAAGACAAUAUCAAAACCAAAUUUUAUCAAAACACUAGAUAUUCAU